CCUGCUCCUGCUCCUGCUCCUACUUUUGCUCCUGCUACGGCGGUGGUAGUGGCUGAGAGCGUCGGUGGCACAACAACAACUAACGUUGAUAUGGAUGACAUUGAGGAGGGCGAGCACAUUGAGGGAAUGGAAAAGCCCGCUGCCCUGGAAGUGCCGCAGCGACGCAGUGCCAGGGAACGCACCCGCAGUUGCAGCCGCAGCCGCUUGUACCGUGCUGCGUCCACAGCCACGCACGAUCCCGAGCCGCGACGCGCAACGUACCGCGACCACCGCAAUGACUACGCGGACCGCCGAGACCACCGCGACGACUACACGGACCGCAGGGACCAUCGCGACGACUACGCAGACCGCCGCACGCGCGAGCCCUACAGCCGCUCGACAGCGUACGCGUCGCGAUACUCGGAGGGCAGGUACGCGGCGCGCAGCCCCGAGCCACCGCGCGAUGCAUACCGCUCGGACAGGCGGCACUACGCGGGCCGGUCCGACCGGUACCAUGGCGACCGGGCGCGCAGCCCUACGCCGAGGCGCCGGUCGCGGUCGCGGUCACGGUCACGCUCACGAGCAGCAGUUGUGCAGCCGCGCGACGAGGAAGAGCGCCGCCGCCAUUAUGCGCACUCGCCGCGGUAUGCGUCGCGGUCGCCGCGCACUGGCUUGGAUGUGACCGAUUCGACCAAUCCGCCGCCACCACCGCCGCCGCCACUGCAGCUUCCGGAGUCGCCGUAUCGCAGCGCCGGGUACUCGUCGCGCGGGUACCGCCGGUUGUCGCGCACGCCCAAGAGCGGAUCACGGUACGACACGGGCCAUGCGUCACGGACACUGUCUCCAGAUGCCAGCCAUGUGGGGCCAGCCCAGCAGCAGUCUCUGCAGCAGCAGCCUCCGCCGCCUCCCAUUCAGCAGCAGCAGCAACAAAUGCACCUGCCUGAGCUGGAACUGCCGCUGUUUGCGCAUGGCACUGAUCUGUUCAUCUCGCGCAUGCCUGAGGCUGCCGAGUGGCUGGCGAUGCGCGGCCAGGUGCGUGAGCAAAGCAGGCGCAUUCUGGAAGCUUCGGCGACUGCGAGGCGCUCAGCCUUUGACCUGGUGCAUGCCGGGUGGGCGGUGUUGAAGGCUGAGAGCCAGGCGCAGGUUGCAUGCCUGCAGCUAGAGCGUGCAGAGAUUGGCCUGGGCUCUGCCACCAGAUCGCUGAUGGACACUGUCGAGCUGGGCAGCAUCUGAUGACCAGGAAAAUAAUGGAAAAUAAACAUUGAAUUGUUGC